UGGAAUAUGGCUCCUCUGCGUGUCAGUAUUUCUGUUCUUCUGGUCCUCGGACUGGUGCAGAUUGGUUCAGCAUCUUUCUAUGAUGGAGUGCAAGAGCUGGACGACGACUUCAUUCUUGAUUCACUCCAAAAAGCAAAGAAACUUGUGGACGUAGCCUACAAGCAUACCCGUGAUGUACUUAAAGAGAGAUUGAGAAAGGGAAUUAUAACACCUUCUGAAGUCAUGUCAUACUUCAAGCAGCCCGUGGCCUCAAGCAGAAAUCACAUCCGAGCUGCUGACUACAUAGAGACUACCUUUGACCUUUUGACGGAGAAAUUGCAGAGUAUAUACAGCAGACCUUUCAAUAUUUCAGACAUGCUCACAGUAAAUCAGCUGGACAUGUUGCACAAGGCUUCUGGCUAUGCUUUCCUGCUUCUUCCAAGGGACUGCCCAAAAACUCAAUACCGCACCUUCACUGGAGAAUGCAACAACAGGAGAUUUCCCAACUUUGGCGUUUCCAACAGACCCUAUACACGAUUGCUUAGAGCCCAGUAUGAAGAUGGAAGGUCCUUACCUCAAGGAUGGACAGAAAAUCAAAAGAUCAAUGGCUUUGUUUUACCUCUGGCACGGGCUGUAUCCAAUGAAAUUCUCCGGUUCCCAGAGAGCCAGCAGACCCUAGACAGGCAGAGAUCACUUAUGUUCAUGCAAUGGGGUCAGUGGAUUGAUCAUGAUCUUGAUCUAGCACCAGAGACUCCAUCAAGAUCAACCUUUCUCAGAGGCAUUGAUUGUGAUCACAGCUGUGCCCGGGAGCUGCCAUGUUUUCCUCUGAGGAUCCCUCCUAAUGACCCUCGCAUAAAAAAUCGCGCUGACUGCAUACCGCUCUUCCGUUCAUCUCCAGCCAGCGUGCCACAAUCCCCUGUACGUGAACAGAUGAAUAUUCUCACUUCUUACGUUGAUGCCAGUCAAGUGUAUGGCAGCACCAAUGAGCUGGCCAACAAACUUCGUAACAGGAACAAUCAGCUUGGCCUCAUGGCGGUCAAUGACAGGUUUAACGAUAAUGGACGGGCCUACUUACCCUUCAGCACAAAUGAAGAAGACUUCUGUCUCCAGACAAACAAGACCUCUGGUCUCCCAUGUUUCUUGGCUGGUGAUGGUCGAGUCAGUGAGCAGCCUGGUUUGACCGCGUUUCACACAAUCUUUGUGAGAGAACACAACCGCAUUGCCACUGCGUUGCGCAGGUUUAACCCAAGCUGGUCAGGGGAAACACUUUUCCAGGAAACAAGAAAGAUAAUAGGGGCUGUGACACAGAAAAUAAACUAUAAAGAAUGGCUGCCCCUGCUGCUGGGCUCUGCUACGUCCAGGGUUCUUCCUUCUUACCGUUCCUACAAUGAUUCUGUGAAUCCAGGAGCAUCCAAUGUGUUUAGUCUGGUUUUCCGCAUGGGUCACACAAUGAUCCAGCCAUUCAUUUAUCGACUGGGGGAUCGUUAUCGGGCCUCAUCAAACUUCCCUCCAGUUCCUCUGCACCUCACCUUCUUCAAUACUUGGAGAGUUGUCCGAGAAGGAGGAGUUGACCCUCUUCUUCGUGGUCUAAUGGCAAACCGAGCGAAACUCAACCGGCAGAAUCAGAUUUUGGUAGAUGAACUCCGAGAGCACCUAUUUGAGCUUUUCAAACGUCUUGGCCUUGAUCUGGGGGCCCUUAAUAUGCAGCGAGGCCGGGAUCAUGGACUACCAGGAUACAAUACAUGGAGAAGAUUUUGUGGCCUUUUUGCACCUCGUAAUGUGACAGAACUGGCUCGGGUGCUGAAUAACCGACAACUGGCACAAAAAUUCAUUGAGCUAUAUGGCACACCGGAAAACAUUGACAUCUGGGUUGGAGCUGUUGCGGAGCCUCUGUUGACUAAUGCCCGAGUGGGUGAACUGUUGGCUUGUUUAAUUGGAGACCAAUUCCGAAGAACCCGUGAUGGAGACAGGUUUUAUUAUGAGCUGCCAAGUCAGUUUACACCAGCUCAGAGGAGGUCAUUAGAAAGAGUUACAAUGUCCCGCAUCAUCUGUGACAACACACAGAUCACUGAAGUUCCCCGAGAUGUUUUUGUAGCAAACAGCUAUCCAAACGACUUUGUAAACUGCUCUCGGAUCCCAGCAUUUGACCUGAGCCCCUGGAGAAGAAGAAAGAGUGGAUCAGAGCUUGAAGAUGAAGAAUAAUGAGAAGGGAAGGAAG